AUGCCAAACACUGAAGUUUCAGAAAAUCCUGUAGUUCUUGAUUCUUCAAAAAAACGAAAAUUGAGUGUUGCUGACACUGUUUCAACUAUGCCAACAGCGGACUCUUCGAAAUUACUUGUUAAACGUCUCAGCGAAAAAGCCAAACUACCCUUUCGUGUUUCACCGCAAGCUGCUGGUUAUGAUUUGUACAGUGCUGUUGAAAUGGUUGUUCCGGCUAAGGGAAAAGCUUUGGUUAAUACCGACAUAUCUAUCGCACUUCCCGAAGGAACUUACGGACGUGUCGCACCGAGAAGCGGUUUAGCCCUAAAACAUUUCCUUGACUGUGGGGCUGGAGUAAUCGAUGCUGAUUUUCGUGGACCGGUUGGCGUACUCCUAUUCAACUUUGGUGAUGAAGAUUAUAAAGUUAAAGAAGGUGAACGUAUUGCACAAUUGAUUCUCGAAAGAAUAUAUACUCCUGAAGUUGUUGAAACAGAUGUAAAUAUUUCGUAG